AACAAACUUAUUUGGUUUCCUGGUUGCAGCAAGACAAUCAAGACGAGGGGCAGAGUGACAUCAAGCAAGACAAAGGAGAAACAGUAAUGUUUCAGGCCAUGACAGAAAACACGUUUCCGCUGCGCUGACAGUAGAUGCACUAGCUCUAGGACUGCAUUGCUGCUGAGAUGUUGCAGAACAAUGGCGGCAGCAGAUUUGGGCGCGUCCAGGAGCCCGAAUUUGAGCUCCGGGCCCCCCACUCGUGGUGAUCUUCGGCUCGUGGGCAAGACCCUCAGAAGACUGGAUAAACUCCAACAGCUGUGCAGUACCCCUCGGCUUGGACUGAGAAAUAGUCCGCCAUACCUACCACAGCUGCUGUCAGAGACCUCAGUGCUGCUCAUCCAGGUGUGGGAGCCUUUCCAAGGCUUCAGGACAGCAGGUGGACAGGUGCCACACGGAGACGAGGCAGAGUACCUGAGGAUCCAUAUCAAAAACCUCUUUGAUAAGACAGAGCGGGCUCUACAGCUGUUUAAAGAAGGACGGAGGAAGAUAUAUGAAGAGACUUCAACUUACAGGAGAAAUUUGACCAAGCUGACUUUGUUGUUCAGUCACAUGCUGUGGGAGCUGAAGGCCUUUUUUCCAGGAGGAUGUUUUCAGGGUGACAAAUACAGGGUGGCGUUAUCUGCAGCUGAGGACUUUUGGAGGGAGUCAUUUGGCGACAAGUGUAUAGUGCAGUGGAAUACCUUUAAAGAACAGCUGAGAAAUGUACAUCCAUUUGAGGAAGGGAUGGAAUCUAUGGCUCUGAAGUCAACCAUUGACUUAACUUGCAACGAUCACAUCUCUGUGUUUGAGUUUGAUGUUUUCACACGACUGUUUCAGCCGUGGAGGACUCUUUUAAUGAACUGGAACCAGCUGGCCGUGACUCAUCCAGGCUACAUGGCCUUCCUCACCUAUGACCAGGUUAUAGCUCGUCUGGAACACUACCUGCACAGACCUGGGAGCUAUAUCUUUCGUCUGAGCUGUACAAAAAUGGGAGAGUGGGCUAUUGGCCACGUGACAUUUGAUGGUGCCGUCAUUCAGACUAUCCCGGAGGACAUACCUCUCUACCAAGCUCUGAUUCAAGGCUUCAAUCAGGGCUGCUACUUGUACCCAGAUGGCCGGGAUUUGAACCCUGACUUGAAAAGCUUGUGUGAACCAGCCAGCAGAGGAAAAGUUAAAGUUACAGAAGAACAGUAUGAGCUUUACUGUGAGAUCGGCAGCACCUACCAGCUAUGUAAGAUAUGCACAGAGAGGGAUAAAGACACCCGGAUUCAGCCCUGUGGCCAUCUCCUGUGCCAAACCUGCCUCACAGGCUGGCAGCAGAAGUCAGCUGGCCAAACCUGCCCAUACUGCCGCUGCGACAUCAGAGGAACAGAGUCCAUCCUCCUGGAGCCGUACGUGCCAGUCAGCGAUCAGGUGCUGGUGGAGGAGGGCGAUGAUGACGAUGACGAAGAGGAUCAUGUGGAUAUUGAAGAAAUGGUAAAGGAAAUAGCUGCCCUGAGGAAGUUUUCCAGUUUGGACUUCCAGGUUCCCAGCUCUCACAUUAGCGCUCCACCUUUACCCCCUAAAAGUAAUACAAUGCCACGCUGUCCCUCUCCCUCCGUCCAGUCUCAGACGUCUGAAAUUAAGACACUGCCCAAACACUCCAACUCUUAUUUGCCUCAAAGUAGCAGUGAAACGCAAAGGUACAGAAAACAGACAAACAGUUGUCGAACGGAGGGUUUACGCGGCAGUGAAGAGGAAUACGCUGGUGAGCUGAGACCACGCCCUUUCUCUCACAGCGUGGAACACCUGAGAGAAGCAAACUUUCCUUCCGCCUCUCAGACAGCUGUCGACAGUGGAGUACCCUGGCUCGGACCCAACAUCCCUGUAAUGGAGAGAAGACAUAAGGAAAAGGAGAUGAGCAGACCAGGGCUCAGAAAAGACAAGUACGCUCAGGGAGAGAUGAAGAGGACAAUGUCAUCCUGAGUGACAAACAACACGUAGAGUCAAUAGACUUGAUUUCAUCCAAGAAAUCAGCCUUUGUUGAAUGUAAAAAAUAAUAUUUAAUGCUGCAAACUACCAUGUGCAUGCUGCACUGCUGAAAAUGAGUGGAGUGUUUGGGACUAACAGAAAAAUUGCCCAGUGUGGCCUCCUACUGUUUGAUAAUUGCACUGCCAUUAGCAACACGGUAGGUUCAGUACUAAUUCCUAAAUAUAGUGUCACAUUAGAUCCAAACAGAAAUUAAGGAGAGGCUUAAUAAUUGACAAUGUGAUUUUUAUUAAAUAAUAGAAAAACCCUACCUCUUUCUUUAAUCUGUAACAUAAGUUUGUUCUUGUAAAUGUUAUAAGAGUAGAGAAGGGCCUCUAUAUUGAUAACGCAGUUGUAACCCUUUGAAAACAGCAGAUAAAUAACAUUACAGUCAUUCAGUUUUACAUAAAAGUGUUUCACAGUUUCUUCAGAUAUGAUAUUUGACCUACAUGCAGAAGACAUGCUGCAUGUGUACUUUAACCAGACUUUUUGAACAUUUAUUUCUCUCUCCCCGUCACUCCAAAUAAGGGUCUUUGAGUAUGUGUGAGUGUUAAGGUGCUGCAGGAUAUUGCUAAGCAAGCUGUAUCAAGUACCUCCAAGGCAGAGUCACAGAAAGACCCUUUCUCUGGAAGGGCAAGAGCAAAGAUGCAUCAGAGAGGAACAUUUCAAUCUAAGAAUGAGAGAGAACAUUAUUAUGUACAGGUUAUUGCUGUUUAGGUCAUUCUCUAGUGAACAGAGUAACUCGGAAAGAUGCAUAAGAAACAUGCACAGUUUGUGUGACUUUAGGCAGUUCAGACGUGAGCUAUAUUGAAAGUGAUAUGUAAGUGUUACUAUAUCUGACGUAGAAAGAUUACCAUCAAAACUGUACAGGUAAUGAUAAAUGCUGAAUUUAUUCAGACAUAAAGUGAUACAUUA